UUUUUUAAUUAUUAUGAUCAAAUUCAUUAAUUAAUCAUUGCUCUGCUGAAUUUAACAGUCCUCUGCAUCGACAACAUAAAUCAAUUCAACAAAAGUUUUGUAAUAACAUCCUCAUUUCUUUCCGUAUAUUAACUAUAUGCGUAUCCCAAUUUAUCCAGAUACUGAAAGCUUCAUAAAGCUAAAAAAGCAACAUUUAUAUGAAAAGCUACAGCAGCAAGAAGAAGAGGGGACAGCAGUACACAAUAAUUUCAAAGGCCAAGCUAAAGAAAAAAAAGAAAAACUUAAGUCUUUAAAAGGUAUAAAGCGGAAGGAUGCUGCAGAAGAAAAACACAACAAAAGCGCAGCAAAACGGGCACGCAAUUCCAAUCUUGUAAUAGCAGUAGCUAUAUCCUGCAAAUCUUGUGGUGAAAGCGGACACUCAUCUGCGAGAAAAACUAUCGAAAACAAAAUUGGCCUUAAUCAUCAAAGAUACACAGUGUCUAUACCACUUCGAUCAUUUUUGCCCACAUCUGAUGAUGAUGCGUUUAAUAACACCCUCAACAAAAUCAAGAGUUUAUCUAUGUUUCUGAGAAAUGUGAUUUAUAGAGCACAGUUUUUUAUAAAUUACUAUAUUCUCAGGUACUCAGCAGACUUGCCAAACGAGUUUUUCCAACAAAACUUUUGGUAUUCUUUAUGUCGGCUUAUAAAUGAGAAUAUGUCAAUUGAAAGCUUUAAGCAGAACGGCCUUGAAGGUGUAAGCAUGUUUGUCAAAAAAGAAGGUCUUACCAAUUAUGGUCAAGUACUAGCGUCCGCAUGUGAAAAUGUUGCAACUUGCUACAACAACUUUUACAUAGAAAAUUUUGAAAACAUUGUCAGUAACUAUUUCAUAUAUAUGAUCCGUGCUGAAUUUCAGGACUUGAGAAUACCUUAUAUCAAAUCUAUUGUGUACGGUCAUAUAUUAGAAAUAUUGUUUAACGUGCAACCAUCAACUUUGCCGGAAAACAUUGGGAGUUCUGUGAAUAAAGAAACGCAAGACGAAAUUCGAAAUUUCUAAACCCUAUGAUUGUAGAAAUCAAAAAUCGCUUAUCACCAGCUCCUAUCACAAAAGCGACAUUAAAUAAGGCCCCUUUCGAUAUAAUGCCAGUUUCAAGACAUAUAUUGUCUAAAUACGAAUCAAUGAUUGAAACGAACCAGGAAGUAACAACAUCGAUGCAACUACCAUUGACUUUACCACAACAGUCCGAUUUAUUGCAACAAACUGAGGAUUCAAAUCAGUCACGGAAAAGGCCUAAAAAGAAGAAAUCAUCAAUAGAGAAUAAGAUCUCAAAUGCGCAUAAUGAUAAAGAGAAACGAUUCCAACCACCAAGGCUGUUCAGUUUAUUUCCGAAUCCAAGCAUAAAAUGGCGAUUUAUCAAAAUUGAUAAUCAAAACCUACAUG